CCUUGCAUCGCCUCCUCCUCCUCCUCCUCCUUCCUCCCGGUCAGCUGAUCCGAGGUGGACGGCGUUCCGCGUGUCGGCCAAUUUCCUUGUAAUCCAGGACGACACAGACGGCCAUGGAUGGAAGCAAGAUGCUGGACUUUGUGGACCCUGGCGGCCAUGGGGAGGUGUCCGUGGGCGCUGGGCAAGGCCGAGGGCGAGGAGUACAGCACACUGGAUGAGGGGGACCAUGGAUGGUGCAGGGCUCUCAGGAGAUGGACAAGCAGGAACAGGGGACCAGAACUCACAGGUGUUCUUCAUCGAGUGUGUGAGUGCUGCUGUCGUCUCCAUGAACACCUGCUCAGAGGCACCAAGACCCGUCAAGCCAGUAGUCCGCCCUGCAAGACUGCCUGGUCAAGAUGGGGUCCAGCCUUGCACAGAACUGCUUGACUGGCUGGCUGGCCAGUGCCACAAGUUGGUGGUGACCAAGUAAUGCCCUCCAUGACUGCUUCAGCCUGAUGGAUGGAUCUCAUGGUGUGUGGUGACCCAGGCUGUGGAGGGUGGCUGCCACACUCACUGCUCCAGCCACUCACAGCUGUACCUCAGGAGCCAGACACCAUCUGCUUCACUCCUGCCCAGACUUUGCCACUCACACCCAACAGCUGCUUCAUCUUAAGGUGUGUGGUGACGUGGAGGGUGGCUGCCACACUCACUGCUCCAGCCACUCACAGCUGUACCUCAGGAGCCAGACACCAUCUGCUUCACUCCUGCCCAGACUUUGCCACUCACACACAACAGCUGCUUCAUCUUAAGGUGUGUGGUGACCCAGGCUGUGGAGGGUGGCUGCCACACUCACUGCUCCAGCCACUCACAGCUGUACCUCAGGAGCCAGACACCAUCUGCUUCACUCCUGCCCAGACUUUGCCACUCACACCCAACAGCUGCUUCAUCUUAAGGAUCAGCGAUGUGGAACUACCACCACCACAACCACCACCACCACCACUACCACCAGGGGAGCCACUCACUGCCACAAGAAGGAAGGAAGCAGGAAGAAGAAGAAGAAGGAAAAGAAGAAGACACACAGAGAGAGAAGAGGAGGAAGAAGAAGAGGAAGGACUUGUAAUAUGGCAGACAUCAAACCAAUGGGAGAAGAAGAAGAAGAAAGAGGAGGAGGAGGAGGAAGAGGAAGAGGAAGAGGAGGACACAGGAAUUCCUUGUUACUGUGUUUGGCAGAUGGUUGACGUUCGGUAGGCUGGUAGAUUGGUCCUUUGGCUAGGUUGGGAUGAAUUUUGGUUGCUCUUGGUUGAUUGUGGUGGUCAGAACAGAGAAAGAGAGAGUUCAAUAAUCCAAACAGUCAUCCGAGAAGCACAUCACUGCCCCAUUUCCAUCGCUCCAGUCAGGGAGGGAACGGAGGGAUAUUUGGAGGCUGGAGGAGAGGGAGGAAGAGAGAGGAUUUAAGAUAGACUGAAGGAGAGGGAGGAAAAAUAGGGAGAACUUGGGACAAAAUGAAGUAAAAACUCUAGUUAGUAAAGUGUGUGUCAUCAUCAUCAUCUGCUCCCUCUCCCUCUCUGAAGCCUGAGUAUAUACAGUUAAGGAAGGGUCACUCUACAGGCAGAAUAAUCAUAUGUUCACCUUUCAAUAAAUGUCGUAAUAACCACUAAAACACACCAUGAAAAUACCUCCUGUUCCCUCUCACUGAAGCCUUAGUACAUGCUGUCAACAAAGGCUCAUAUUGUGGGCAGUAUAAUAAUAGUCAUAUGUUUACCUUUCAAAACGCUGUAAUAACCACUAAAUUAUACUGUGAAAUAAUGUCAAAUUUCCGCUGGAUAUUCACCGUUCCUUUCUCUAGUAGUUUGACGAGAAGCCUUACCACUUAAUCGCCCCAUUCAACCUCUGAGGACUGCUUUGUUUACCUUUCAUAAACGUCAUAAUAACCACUAAAUUAACCCAUGGAAUAACAUUAAAUUUUCACUGUACAUUCACCAUUCCUUUCUUUAGUAGUUUGAUGUGAAGCCUUACCUCUUAACCCCCUCAUUUGACCUCAGGGUAAUGCUUUCCAUCAGGUUUCUCAGGGUAGCAGUAUUGAGCGAGUCCCAAGCUCGCUGCACCCCUGGUAAUAUUGGUACUGUCGAUGUGUUGGCCUCCCUUAUCCUGGGUGUUAAUAUUACUCACUGUGCUGUAUGGGUGACAGGUCUGGUGCAUUGACAGGCUAUAUAUAAGAAAACAGCUACGUGGCUUGAUUUUCAGGUUAACGUCAAUAUCCUUAUACGUCACGGGCUCCCCUCACAACUAUUUCCCAAAGCCACAGAGAAGAUGAACCAGGUUGUCAUGGGUGGUUUUCCCAUUCAUGGCAUAUAAGUCAUCAUUCUGCCACAAACUUGAAGUCCCUACGUCAUGUUGUUGUGACGUUACGAAGUGCAGUGACGUUAGGCUUUCAGUAGGUCUUCAUUCUGAGCGCUGGGUAGGUUGUGCUUAACUUGGUGUGGCUAACAUUCCUCCUACUCCAUGCACGCAGUCUUGCAACUACAAAGCUCUAUUCUGUCAAAUUUGGGUCAUUUUUUGCCAGAUUAUGGUACUUUUUUUGUAAAGUUCUGGUAAUGUUUUUGUCAUUUGGGUCAUUCUUUUGUCAUUUUGGUAAUUUUUUGUCAAAUUCCGGUCAUUUUUAAGCUAAUUUUGAUAUAUUUUGUCCACAAACCUCAGUUUUUAGUGAUGUUAAUCGUCUUUGAGUUCUCAUUUUUCAGAAGUCUUGUUUUUAUGGCUUUUAUUUCAUAUGUUUUCUCUUAACUUCCAUUGCUUUUCCUAUAACUUUUGAGCUCUUUAUGUAUGCAAUCUCUUGUCAUUCUCUUUAAGUUCCCUUUGUCUUCUCUAGUAUUUCUCAUGUUUAUUCCCUCGUAUUAAUCUAUAUUUACUUUAUACAAGUAGUUUUAUGCCGUUUAAAAAUUUGUUUCUCCCUUUAAUAUAAAUAGAAUUAGCUUUUAAAAUGUUCAAAAUAUCAGUUUAUGGCUCAAAAGUAGCUUGAAAAUGACAAAAAAUUGCUGUUAAUGCUUGAAAAAUGCUUGAAAAAUGUACCUAAGUCAAUUUUACCUCUAAAAGCGUCCGGAGAUAGCCAGAUUGUAUUUUUGGUUAAGAUAAAGUCAUAGGUGUGGCCCAUAACUUUAUUUAUAAGACUUCAUAGUACAGAUUCAGUUCACAUCUUCCGUGACUGGCUUACAAAACAGUCCCUAGCAGAGUAGAGUCCACAGAGAUGUACAAGUCAUCAGAGUUGACUAACAUGACUUCUUUCCCUCGGCAGAAUCGAACGGCUGAACGAACAUCUGAAGGUUCGGGCGUCUUGGUCCGCCUGCGCUGUCUCUGCAAGCGACACACCACACACUCUGGAAGAAGAAAGAACAAGAUGUCAGGUUCAUGCAGAAUCGGCCUCAUAUUGAAGGAAAUGUGCUCUGUUGUGAUGUGUUUAAAGCUGUAUUUAUUAAAUAAAUAAUUGCCAGAA